AUGCCCCUAUCCAAGGCUAAGGCCUCUGCCAUUAUCAUGUGCCCCACUGCUGCCCCAUUCAACAAAGGCUGGGACAACAUUAAGCAGGCCAAUUUGCGUGUACAAAACUCAAAGAAGACUCAUGGAUCAAAGAUUGGGAACAGCAUCUGGAGUGAUAAGGACAAUGGUAUCAAGGUCAGGCAUGCAUUGUUCAAGAGAGAGGGCAAUGAAACCAUUAAGGACCCUUUCAUUGACACCUGGCCAGUCAAAUCGGAGGCGAAGGCCGCCCUUCAAGAUAUGGCCAACGAGACGCAAUUCAAGUGGCAGAUCAACAUCAUCCCUGCAUUUGAUGCCAACGACAGCCUCAUCCCGCCGGAGGAUUAUGAAAGAUGUCUGAAGGGCGCCAUCGUCGCUAUCAAAGUGUCCAUUGCUCACCAACAUCUUGGCAGGUCAGCCAAUUCCGACAAUUACUACGCUGACCUCCUCGAACUGAAGGUCCUGAAGGAAUCCGUAUCUGUUAUCGCGUCUCCGGCGAAACGUCGCCUGGCAGAGGAAGCAGAGAAAUUGGCCAAGCGUACAAGGCUCGAAUAA